AUGCACCGGUUAUUUGAUCUGACUAACGUGAGCCUGCGUCUGCCAGAGGACUCCCUCCUGCAGCCAUCAUGGGACUUUCUCCAACAGCACUACCAGAGCAGCCUCCGCUCGCCCCUCUUCCCAGUCCUGCUCUCCGUCUCCACCUACCUCCUUCUGAUAGCAUUGUACACCACUCUGGAUCUGCUGGCUCCCUCGUGGCCCAAGAUCAACCGGUACCGCAUCCACCAGGAGCGCCAUGUGGUGUGGCCCAACAUCUGGAGGACGCUAUGCCUCACCACGUACAACCACCUGGUGUUUAUCUUCCCAGCGGCCGUGGCACAGUGGCUGUGGCGUCCACCCAUUCCACUCCCCCUAAAGGCACCUUCUCUCGCUGCUUUCCUCAUGGGAGUUCUGGGAUGUACCGUCAUUUUUGACUUCCAGUACUACCUCUGGCACAUGCUGCACCACCGCAUAGGCUGGCUGUACCGCACCUUUCACGCCGUGCACCAUCAGUACAAUGACACGUUCAGUCUGGUCACGCAGUAUCUGUCGGGCUGGGAGCUCUUCAGUGUGGGUUUGUGGACCACGGUGAACCCGUUACUUCUCCAGUGCCAUUGCCUGACCACCUGGGCCUUCAUGGUGUUCAACGUGUGGGUGUCCACGGAGGAUCACUGCGGGUACGACUUCCCUUGGGCCAUGCAUAACCUGGUGCCAUUUGGGUUGUGGGGAGGGGUGCUCAAGCAUGAUGCCCACCACCAGAAGCCUGGCACAAACUUUGCCCCCUUCUUUUCCCACUGGGACUGGCUGGGGGGUACAGCAUACUCCCCCCCCUCCCCCAUUGUGCCAAUCAAAGACAAGAAGAACAAAGGGACUUGA